CCUUUCGUUAUUUCUGAUAUUUUUGCGAGGAAACAAGGAAUCGAGGUCUAGGGUUCGUCUUCGCUAUUGGUUUCUUUUCUCUGAUUGAUCUGUAUUUUUCUCACUUUCGUUUUGCGAUUGAAUCUUUUGUUCCGUAUUACUUCUGUUUUGUGUGAUUUGAUUGGAGAUUCAAGAAAAAAAAAAUUGAAUUCCUGUUUCCGGAAGUAAAAUUUGAUAGGGAGAAAAAAAUUGAUCUUCGAAUUUGGGGAUUAGGGUUUCGAGAUUCUGUUUGGGGGGUUUCAUUUGGUUUUGUUCUUUUUUCUUUUCAUAUUGAGAAUUUUGUUAUUGAUUGAAAAGCGCUGUGGUUUUCGAUCAUUAUGGCGGCAGGGGGAGUCGAAGUUUUGAGGAGAAGGGAUUCUCGUUUCUCGAGAAAAGAAUUUGAUUUCGGAGAAAGCGGUUCACGGGUUGUGAACGCGAGUAGCUUUCGUCGUCAUGGCGUUAAGCAUAAGAAUGAUUCAGGUUCUAGACCAUAUGGGUUUUAUGGUAGAACUGAAGAGCGGCGAUCGGAUGGUGAAGCCUCGAAGCUUGAAGAUGUUGUUCAGUUACCUCCUGAGAAGAAGAGAAAAUUCUCUCCGAUCAUAUGGGAGAAAGAAGAGAAGGAUGUGACAAUAUCAUCCAGAAAAAGACGAGUUACUCCUUUGUCUCCUUCCCAUCAAGUAUUGGAUGGUGUUUGGAAUGGAGAUAUUUCAAAGUGCCCAGUCUCUGAGUCGGACAAUCAGUUUCAAGGGGUGGAGCUUUCAAAGGUUGAGGUUUUAGUGGAUGAUGAGUUGGUGGAACUUUCUCGACCCAAGAAAUCAGCUGCCGAUUUGUCUCCUGAGUUGCUUUCCCCGAAACGUGAGGAUGUUCACCAAACGCAAGAUCAAAUGGAAGAGGAAGAGGUGUUUCAGGCCCGGAACAUUUCAAUGUCAAGAUGGGCAUCUGAAGAGGAUUCUCCUCAACAUUUGUUUGAUCGUGAAUGCUCGCCUUACAUGGGGAUGUCAAGUCCUGAAAGCGGGGAGAUUGGAAGCGAGGGCUCAGUAGGGGAUAGGGCAAGUACAUCUUGCUCUGAUGAGGAAGGUUGCUAUGCUGGAUCUGGAAGUGGAGAUAAAUAUUCUGAAAAAGAGUUGUUUGAUGAUUUUGUGGAUAGUGAUGGCAAUGGGGAUGCUCGAAGUAAGUUCGAGGAUGAUGGGGAGGAUCUUCAAACGGAAGUGCCUACAGUGUCUAGCCAUGGACGUUUUAACAUGCUACAGAGUUGCAGAAGCGUGUUUGAGUAUGAGAAACUCAACAAAAUAAAUGAAGGGACCUACGGUGUUGUAUAUAAAGCAAGGGAUAAGAAAAAUGGGGAAAUUGUUGCACUUAAAAAGGUGAAGAUGGAUGUAAAUAAGGAUGAUUGUGGUUUUCCUUUGUCGUCUUUGAGGGAAAUAAACAUUCUUUCGUCAUUUAGUCACCCUUCAAUCGUAAAUGUUAAGGAGGUUGUCAUGGAUGACGAUAACGGUGUUUUUAUGGUUAUGGAGUACAUGGAAUAUGACCUCAAAUGUCUAAUGGAGAAGAUGAAAGAGCCGUUUAGCAUAAGCGAAGUUAAGUGGUUGAUGCUACAACUUCUAGAGGGUGUGAAGUAUCUUCACGAAAAUUGGGUGCUUCACAGAGAUCUCAAGACAUCAAAUCUUCUUCUGAGCGAGGACGGUGAGUUGAAAAUAUGCGACUUUGGGUUGUCACGUCAGUAUGGAAGUCCUCUGAAGCCGUAUACCCCAUUGGUGGUUACUUUGUGGUAUAGGGCCCCUGAAAUUCUUUUGGGUACAAAGGAAUACUCUACUGCUAUUGAUAUGUGGUCAGCGGGAUGCAUAAUGGCUGAAUUGGUAGCUAAGGAACCACUAUUCAGAGGGAAAACUGAAGUCGAGCAGCUUGAUAAGAUUUUCAGGACUCUUGGCACGCCAAAUGAAAGAAUUUGGCCUGGAUUAUCUACGUUGCCGGGGUCCAGAGCCAAUUUUGUUAAGCAACCCUACAAUCUACUGCGCAAGAAAUUUCCGGCAAAAUCUUUCAUAGGUUCUCCGGUUCUUUCUGAUUUGGGAUUUGACUUGUUGAGCAAACUUCUAACCUACGACCCUGAGAAGCGAAUCACAGCAGAGGAGGCUCUUAAUCACAAGUGGUUUCUUGAGGCUCCUCUCCCCAGAUCUGAUUUCAGGCCUCUUCCUGCCGUACAGAGUCAAAACAGGUAUCUCAGCAGCAGGCAGCGUGAGAAACAUUUGCAGAUCUAAUCUUGUCUUGACAAAAAUAUCAUUGAGGCUCCUCUCCCCAGAUCUGAUUUCAGGCCUCUUCCUGCCAUACAGAGUCAAAACAGGUAUCUCAGCAGCAGGCAGCGUGAGAAACAUUUGCAGAUCUAAUCUUGUCUUGACAAAAAUAUCAUUUUUUUUUUCAAUUCUUCGAACUGAUUAUUAAUCAUUCGUAAAGAACGACAAGGACUCUAGAUCUAUAGGAACAGGGUUAGAAGAAGAGAUGCUGCGUGUCGAUGGGGCAGCAAGUUGGUGAAGGGGUGCCAGCACACAAUGGUAGCAAUUGCCAUUAAUGAAGGCGUGGGGUAAUGACUUUAAUACAAAGAAAGUCUUGAUAUGGCCUUUUAAGUUGUAUGCGAAGAUGAAACUGUAUCUGAAGAUAAAUGGAAUUUUUUUUAACCAUAUAUUCAUGCCUUUUUUCUCUUCUUCUUUUCUGUUUGCAUAUUUAUGCUUUCUUUGCAAGUGAUUGCUGGCCUUAAAAGGGGGGAGUAUGUUAUCGUCUUCACGCACAAAUGAUGCAAAAAGGUUACCACUGCAAGGUAUUUCAUUGUGAAAGACGUGUCCUUUGCCCUUUUUUUAUUUUGAAUGGAGAUCUAAUAAUUUCCCACCCCUUUUUUUGGAUGUACCUUACUAGCUGCUAUUUAUAACGCUGGGAUGAUUUCGUUCGAGUUGGAUACACUUUCUUCUAUGCCAAUGUAUGUGCCAUGAUUAACAUAAUUGUUUUGAAAUAAACCAAAGUAUUUGUCCUUCUACUAUAGCAUUUGGGGUUAAUGAUUGUUGAAGAGAGCGGGUUUUGAAUUUUGAUGUAAUUGGUUAAUAUCUCAAGGUUCAUAGUCAUAAUGUAGACCAUUUUAAGGGCUUUCCAUGUUUCAUUUUUUGUGCAAAAUUAUCAUAUCGUCAUUUGUGCCUAUGAAAGUGUUGUUGAUUUUGUUUAGGCUAAUUAUCACAUUGUCAUUUGUGCCUAUGAAAGUGUUGUUUCGGCUAUUAAGUUCUUGUAUACGUGACUGCAGGGAUCACUCAUGUUUUCUUGAUCUUUUAAGUAUUUCUCCAUUCUGCAAACUCAUGCCUAGUAUUUACUUAGAAAUUAGAAGGCCGGCGCUGGUGCUAGCUGUCUCGGGUCUUUUGAUAAGUACUCCUAACUAUAUUAUCCAUCUCUCUGCACGUGUUCCGUUCUCCAAUUCUCUCCAUCAUUAUUGUUUAUCCAGUGUUCUCUCUUUUAUUUUUUAUUUUUAUUUUUGAUUAGCAUCCGUCAAUGUAAAUUCUCAUGUAAGGAAGUCUUGCAGCUUUUGCUGUGGGAACAGAGGUAGCUUUUACUACAGAUUUAGACUUGGCAAGCAAAAUUAAGUGGUAAGAUCUCACCUUUCCACUCCUCGGCAACUUAUAUUCCUAACCGGAAGUAUAAUGCUGGAGUUAGUUUACUGUCUGAUUUGAGUUCCAGACUGUCUUCUCUUUUUUUAUGGCGACACUUGUCCAUUGACCCUAGUCCAAGCUUUGCCAGCAUCUGUGGCUACGGUGCAAUGACUGGUGCGUUACAACACAUCAAAUGUGAUUUUGCAGAAACUAUAGCCUUACCUACUGAAGGUAUCACAUUUAUGAUUUUCACUCCAAAGUGUAAGAUAAAUAGUUAGGGUGGUGCUGGUGAUGAUGAUGAUAUGCAAGUAAACAGGCUAAAUGACCCGGCAGAAAAUUCAUGAAGGAAAUGUGGCCUAGGUGGGGAUACGUAAGUUUAACAAUAGUUGAGUAAUGAUGUAAUCUGUGUUUUCCCAUUUCCUGUCUCGGGAAAUUGCGUUGGAGUUUGUACACACUUUGUGCAUGAUGUUUCAUAUAUGGUAACAUUUGAUGUUU